CGCUACUUAAAAUUUGUACACCGCAGCUGUUAUUACAGGAAGAUUCACAUGAUAAAUUAAUAAAUCCAGUACAAGGACAAGUGGAAAAACAACCCAUUCAGCCGACAGCACCACCGGCCAAUUAGCUCAUCGGGAAAAAGAUGUCGAUGUCGACGCCGUCGCCGCGGUUCAUCCUCGUCGUCGUAUUGUGCUCCGUGAUAAUGUUGCUUGUGCAACAAGCAUCAUGUUACAAAUACCACUACCACGCCGCCAAGCUCCGAGAUUUCACGGCCAGAGCCGACAAGAAACUGGCCGCGCCUCCGCCGUCUCUCGCCGUCCGGCCUCCUCCGAGGGUUGGCGGAGUGUUUUACCCAAUUGGGUACGGGGCGGAUCCCACCGGCCACAACGACAGCGCCGACGCGAUACAGAAGGCGUUGAACGACGCUUUCGAGCAGCUGAGCGAGCCGGACAAGGAGCUGAUGCCCGGAGUGAAGGACUUGGGAGGCGCCGUCAUCGACCUCCAAGGCGGCAAGUACAAGAUCAGCAAGCCUAUUACCUUCCCGCCUGCCGGCGGCGGCGACCUUCUCAUAAAAGAAGGGAGUUUCAGAGCGGCGGAAGGGUUCCCAUCUGACCGUUUUCUGGUGGAGUUACUGUUCCCGCAAUCAGAGGUCCUGAUAAACAAAACGGCCAACGUGUCCGCGUUGCAGGGCACCACGAUCUUCUACGAGGACAUAACGUUUAGGGACCUUCUCUUCGACUCCGGCCACAGUGGCGGCGGCCUGCUGGUGGUGGACGCCGCCAGGACCCGGAUCGUCAACUCCUACUUCUUCAACUUCACGACACAGGGGAUCCUGAUCCAGGGCGGCCACGAGACCUUCAUUCAGACUUGCUUCGUAGGUCAGGUUCCCACCGUGGGGCGUGACAAGAACGAGCGCAGGUACUACUCUGGCACCGGGAUCGACCUCGCGAGCAACGACAACGUCAUCACCGACACGGUCAUCUUCUCAGCACAAAUCGGACUCCUGGUGCGGGGCCAAGCCAACAUCAUCACGGGGCUCCACACCUACAAUAAGUCAUGGCUCUUUGGCGGGAUCGGGGUGCUGAUGAAGAUCGACGCCGCCUACAACCGGAUCAUGGACUGCUUCUUCGACUACAACCAGGUUGUGCUCGAGGACCCUUACUUCGUCCAGGUCAUGGGGAACUUCUUCUUCGGGCAUGCCAACGUGAUGCUCAAGUCGGUGAAGGGUGGUACCACAGGGCUAACCGUGUUCAACAACUACUUCGUCGGGUUUGCUGGGGCGCCCAUGAUAGAGCUUCAGGGGAAGUUCACGAUGGUGCACGACGUGCUGGUGGAUCAGAAUCAGGGGAAGUUCUUGAACGUCCAGUCGACGUCGGCGAAGGUGACGGUGGCCGGGAAAGGGAAGAAGUGGGUUGCAGAUUUCAGUAAGAAGCUGGUUUUCCCUAACAAGAUCGACCAUUUUCAGUACUCGUUCGCGGUGAAGCAGCCGAGGCCCACCGUUGCUGGCGGUGGCGUGUGGGGUGGGCCGAGGUUUCCGAUCCAUGCGGCGACGAACGUGUCGGGGAAUGUGGUGGUGGUGGAGAGCGAGGAUGAGGUGGACGCCGUCGUUUCGGUGAUGGUUGAUCAGGUUAAUCCGGUUGGAGAGGAGACUUUUGUGUUCGGUCGCAACGGCGAAGGCUAUAAUGUCGGCAUGCAUAAGUGAUACAAACCAAGUGCUACACUCUUCCUGUCUUUUUUUAUUUCCUGUGUUUUUAUUCUAUCUCUUUAAUCUUUUUCAUUUAAGACACAUAAAUUUCAUAAAUUCUCUAAUUAAUAGUUGUCGAGCUCCACAUUAAACAAGUUUUUCUUACUCAUCAAUAGUAUCCUUCUCUCA